GAGGAGGAGGAGGAGGAGGAACGGCGUUGUUGGUAUGUUGGUUGCUGUUUUGGUGUUAGACCGUGGGACGACCGAGGACCAAGUUUAGUUUUUGUCUAUUUCGUUUUUCAUGGCGAACAAUAAGAGACCACAAUAUCUUUGAUAGUUUUAAAAAAAGGUGGGACUAUUCGUCCCCAAAAAACGUAUAUAGAAGAGCCAUGGCGAUCAAUAUAUUUUUAUUUGCCAUAUUCUCUGCUCUAAUUUCGUAUUGUCAACCGCAAAAUAUAUAUUACGACGAUACUCGAUACAAUUGUCCGAAGCAUUGGACAAAAUUUCAAGAAUCCUGCUACCGCUUUGUCAAAAGCCCGCUCAAACGGAGAGAAGAAGCCAGGCGUACUUGUCAGGCCUAUCAGAGCGAUCUUUUGUCCAUCAAUUCUGUGGAAGAACAUGGAUUCAUUUUGCAACAAUUACUGUGGCAGGAUCCGCAGCAUCGUACUUGGUACACGGGCAUACGACAAUCGGGUGGGUACUGGUCCAACGAGCCGGACAAUACGCAGUUAUUGAAUAUGGAAUCUGCAUUUCUGCCGGAUCACAGCGACGAUCUUGUGAAUCGAGACUAUCUCGCCUAUUCGUUCAACAGUGAUUUAAAACGAUGGGGAUUUGAAAAAAUGAUAGGCAACGACACGCUUCUGUAUAUCUGCGAAGCGCCAGUUUUGCAGCUACACAAUCUCGCAGAGGACGACAGAACUUAUACGUACGGGAUCGACAUAGACAAUCCUCUUCGUAUACCCAGAGGCCCCUACUUCAUAAACCAACCUGUAAACAAAAUUUUUGACAUUCCCAAACGUGGACAAGUUAAUCAAGUCUCUUUAACGUGUAUCGCGGGUGGUUAUCCAACACCUACGUACGAGUGGUUCAAGGAACAUUUCGAAGACGCUCGCUUAAUCGCUACACCCAUUGACCCACUUGAAAAUCGAAGAUACACGCUAAGCGGUGGUUCUUUAAUUAUCAACAAUCCAUCCCAAAGCACCGACCGUGGCUCUUAUCAUUGCAAAGCGAGCAACGAAUAUGGCACUAUUAUUUCCGAAAGCGUUGAACUCUCCUUUGGUUACAUGCUUGAAUUCAAUCUCAAACGUUCCGACGAACGGGGUGAACAAAAUUGGGGUAAAGCCGUAUAUUGCGAACCUCCCCAUCAUUAUCCGAGUGUCAAAUAUUAUUGGGCACGUGAUUAUUUCCCAAAUUUUGUCGAGGAAGACAAACGCGUCUUUUCGUCGAACGAUGGAACACUUUAUUUCUCCGCUCUCGAGCCUAUCGACGAGGGAAAUUAUUUGUGCAACGUUCAGAGCAUCGCCUCCGAUACCGGCCGUAACGGUCCGCUUUUUCCACUCAAGGUUCAACCUCACUCGUCUUUUCAACAAUUGAAGUUUCCAAAUAAUUUUCCAAAAGUCUUCCCGGAAGCACCGAUUGUUGGCGAAACAGUGCGUUUGGAAUGUGUCGCAUUCGGAUAUCCCGUCCCUUCCUACAACUGGACGAGAAAAGGAUCCGCGUUGCCCAGAGGUGCUGAAUUAUCGAGUUACAAUCGUGUUUUAACGAUUCCUCGUGUUCGAAUCGAAGAUUAUGGCGAGUACAUUUGUCGCGCCGACAACAAUCGUCUUUCCAUCUCAAACUCGGUCUGGCUGACCAUUCAGGCUACGCCUAAUUUCACAAUCCCUCUCGAAGACAAACACAUGGACAAUCGUGCUGAUCUUACAUGGAUGUGCGAAGCUUUCGGUGUUCCCGAUGUCACCUACAAUUGGUUUAAGAAUGGAAAACUUCUAGACAAUACGACUGUACCACCGGAAGAUCGCGAUCGUUAUUUCAUACAAGAUAAUGUUCUCAGAAUUCAACAAUUGGAUCCUGAACGAGAUCCAGGAAUGUAUCAAUGUCGUGCCAAAAAUCAACUUAAAACGGCUUACUCAUCCGCCCAGCUUCGAGUAUUGUCACUGAAGCCAUCGUUCAAAAAACGUCCAAUGGAACCAGAAACCUACGCUGCCGAACGGGGCAAUGUAACGAUCGUUUGUAACCCCGAAGCCGCUCCUAGGCCGAAAUUUAUUUGGAAAAAAGAAGGAAACGUUCUGGGCGCGGGUGGACGAAGACGAAUUCUUGAAAACGGAAAUCUCAUAAUAAGUCCUGUCUCUCGCGAUGACGAAGGAACUUAUGUGUGUACGGCGUCUAAUCAAUACGGAAGUGACGAAACGUCUGGACGACUCAUUGUUCUACGUGGUCCAUCGUUCGUUGAGUCUCUACCACCGAGGAUUAUAACUGCCGUGAUGUACAAUCAGACUCUUCGUUGUCAGGCGGAGAUUGAAUCAAUAUUGGACGCCGCUUAUAUCUGGACUCACAACGGUAUACGGAUAAGGGACAAAGAUCUUAAAAACAAUCCACGCAUAAAGAUCGACAAUGGUAUACUCGAUAUUAUAAACUUGACGCUCGCUGACGCUGGUGAAUACGAAUGUAUAGUCGAGAGCGCGGUAGGCCGAGUAGUUAGCAGAACGAAAAUAAUAGUGGAGGGUCCACCGGGACCACCGGGCGGCGUACAAGUUGUCAAUGUUGUCAAAACAUCUGUGACUCUUCAUUGGACCGACGGGGCUUUCAACGGUCGACCAAUUAAAUUGUACACGAUAGGCGCAAGAUCGUUAUACGUCGAUAAAUGGUUCAAUCUCACCGAAAAUAUCCGAGCGGAGGAGAUCGACAGGUACACAGGCCGUAAGGAGGUAUAUCUUGAAAAAAUACUGAAUCCUUACACAACUUACGAAUUCCGGGUAUACGCAGCGAACGAGUUGGGUUAUGGGCCACCGUCAUUGCCAUCCCCAAAGUACAGUACACCACCGGACAGACCGAGUAAAGCGCCUUCGAACGUCGGUGGUGGGGGUGGAAAACAGGGCGACCUGACGAUAACGUGGGACCCGUUGAAACCCGAGGAUCAAAACGGGCGUGGAAUAUACUAUAAAAUUUAUUGGCGUCGCCGGGGCGCCGAUACCGAAUUCCAAUCGUUAACGUUGAAGAGUUACGGGAAUAUUGGCUCGUACGUCGUUCGAAUUCAGGACGAAUAUUAUUACACGCAAUACGACGUAAGGGUACAGGCGAUAAACGAGGUCGGUAUGGGACCAGUUUCGGAAAUUGCAGUUAUUUACAGCGCCGAAGAAAUGCCGAGAACCGCUCCGCAGGAAAUCGUCGCCGUCAGUUACAACAGUACCAGUUUGAACGUAACGUGGAAACCUUUGGACGGAUCGAGAGAAAAUGUACGAGGAAAAUUGAUCGGUUAUCGCAUUAAAUAUUGGCCGGACGAGGCUAAAGAGGACGAUGCGAUUUAUCAUUUGUCCCGCACUACAAGACCUUGGGCACUGAUCGUCGGCCUCCAACCCGAUCGUUUCUAUCGCGUCAAGGUAAUGGCUUACAACUCGGCAGGCGCUGGACCCGAGAGUGAACGUUACAUCGAAAGAACUUAUCGCAAAGCUCCGCAAAUGCCACCGAGUUCCGUCGAGCUCUACGUCGUUAAUCCAUCCACCGUUUAUCUUAAAUGGCGUUACGUUCAACCCAGUCUCGAUGAAGAACCCCUCGACGGCUUCAAGGUUCGCGUUUGGGAGCUCGAACAGGAUAUGAGCACUGCAAACGACACCGUCAUUCCCGGUGGCUCCAAACUCGAAGCAUACAUCAAUAAUCUAACACCCGGCAAAACUUAUAAUCUUCGUGUUUUGGCCUUCAGUCGUGGCGGAGAUGGACGAAUGUCCAGCCCCAUUACUCAAUUCCAAAUGGGCGAUCCACGAGAAUUCAGAAAUGCCGCUACUCAUAAAAUUCUUAAUGCCGGCCUUGGCAUUUCGAUUCUUCUUGUUUUGUGGAUGCAAGGCUUCGUCUAGCAGCCAUCGCGACGCCGCCAUUUUAUAAAUCUCUCCGCAAUGAGAUCCCUCGGACAAGACUAUUGACGAAUUUUUUAAACAAACGUUUCAAAAAAAAGUCUCAUUAUAAUAUAUAGUGUUUAGAGUGUUUUGACAUAAAACUCUCUAAAAGUCAGGCAGCAAUUGAAAUUUUCGUCACACCCUCGAUCAUGCCUAUCGCUGUCGAAACACGGAAAAAUUCAAAUGAAAAGUAUAUUGAGGCUCCCGAAUCGGUUAGAGCCAUAUUCAUUUCUUAUAAUUGUGAACAUAUUUGCGAACGUAACUCACCAAUUGUUUAUUUCAAUUUUCUUUCGAAACCGAAAUACGCUCAAUCAAAGAAUUCACAUGAUUUCAGAGAUCAAGUUUUCUGUGUGAUGUUUCCAGCCGACUCGCUGUCGCGCAUUUCAUAAUUGUAACUACAAAGCGAAUGUGUAACUACAAAGCUGCGUUACAAAAGUUCGUCAAGGUUCUUUGUAUUAGAAUCGUCCCGAAAAAUGUAUGCACGGAGUGGUUCAUAAUUCAUUUAUACCAUUGACAGUUGAUUGGGUCGCCGAUAUAUUGUAUCUUUACCCAUGACCUAAAAAACGCAUGUAAAGUUUGUGUUUUUAUAUGAAUAAUCGUUUUUUAUAUAUAUAUAUAUAUAUAUAUAUAUAUAAUUUUUGCACCGAUAGUACGAAGAGGUAAACACAUCGCGACUACUCAAGACGAUGUGCAACACGCGUUUCCGUCCAUACCAUCCCAACUAACAAAAAAAUGUCGACAUUUUAUUGAAUAGAUAUAUAUAUAUUUAUAGCGACAUAUAAAUAUUGUAUAUUAAGACUAAGCCUGUUGUAAAUUUCAUUACUAAAUGCGACGGGAUGGGCUCUUUUUAGAUAUAUUUCGCUCUAGGAAUCUCUCUGCGGGAGCUCUCUUCGAAACGAAAUCUUCGUCUCUUCCGCGGUGUUAAACGAGAAACGUUGAACGAGGAAGUACCAGCUACAACCGUCGAUUAGUAAUUCAGAUUAUUUUCGUUCUUUUCUAUAAGAGAGAACAACAUAAAACUUGUUUUGCUACUACUACAUUUGUACCGCUCGAUUGAUCAUCAAUGGAGAAAUACAUUUUUUUUACAUUA